UAGUUCAGCUCCUUUGUACUUUUCCUAGUGUGAAAAUUGUGUUCACACAUGUGUAAACGAUCCACAAUAAGAGGUAAAAAAAGACAUGGGUUUGUUUCAAGUAGACAAGAGGUGUAAAACAUAAAAGCUUCUUGCCUUAUUUCAAUGGUUCAGGCUGUGUGUGUGUGUGUGUGUGUGUGUGUGUGUGUGUGUGUGUGUGUGUGUGUGUGUGUGUGUGUGUGUGUGUGUGUGUGUGUGUGUGUGUGUGUGUGUGUGUGUGUGUGUGUGUGUGUGUGGAGGAGGGGUUCCUGACUCACUUUUGGACCCCUUGGUAACAACUAAGCCUGGUCUACACACCACAGCUUGCUAGGUAUCGAUGUUGACACUGUUCGUAACUUUAUGACCACACUGGACUUCCAGCACGAUGAUGUCCAACUAAGCAAACUGGUCCCGUGCACACAACAGUGAGUUCGCUGUACUCUAGUGUCCUCUGUAGUCUCCAGAUCUCAAUCCAGGUCAUUGUUUCUAACAGUUUAUUGAAUCUCUGUGAUGAAAGAUUAAAUCCGUUCUGAAGGUAAAAGUGGGUCCAACCAAACGUGUAUUUUUCCCUCAUUCAAAUGUGACUUUAUUUCAAGAGGGAUGUCUUAUAGACAGUGUCAGAUGUUAUGAAUGAUGUCCCGCAGCAAGAUAAUUAUGUCUAAUUCCUACCUGGCAAUGGAUCCUGUCAUCACAAGAAUGCUACUCGACUCUUAUUAAAAUUUGCUGUGGGGGAGACUUGUUUCCUCUCAGUUAGACUACCUCUGCCAAGGUCACAGUGGAAGACAUUUACAGACGUUCACCUUGAAAAAUUGAGCUUCUUGGGAUCAGAUUAACACCAUUACCACCUGACAUUUAUCUAAUCACAUGUUGGAGAGAUAGUCAGUGCACAUUCAGAAUCAGUCAUUUGAGCUUCAGCAAAUAGGAAAGUAGAUUUUAUCCCAGUUUUUGUCUUGUUGGGAGAAAUUAAAAGGAGGGGGGAUGAAAUGGCAGCAGUAAGCUGAAGCCUAUAAGAUGCAAACAGUUCCUAUACAUUUAGUGACCAAGUUGCUCUUCCCAUUUAUUAGCAGUCUCAGCAGUUCCACGUGUCAGUGACAGGAAAGUCAAGAAGACGUGGGUUUACAGAGCCUCCUCAAACACGCCAGAACUCUCACAGAUGAUCCACAUAUUAGCCUUGAGUUUAAUGAGGAAAAUAACUCACAAGCUGCCAAAUGGGAGACCACCUCCUGCAAAUAAACUCAGGAAGUCUCAUUACUAGUCUCCUUUUAACAUGAUAGCAACAUGCACUUGAAUUUAUGUGCAACUGACAUGCUGACUUAUUAUGGGGUGUAAAUAAGUGUAAGAUUUUCAGCAGGAUGGCUAAAUUUAAACAUAUUUAGAAUUUUCUUUAAAUCAAUAAAACUGUCUGGUGUUCACAUGACAACUGUUUGACAUCUGUGUCGACAGUCUUGGUUUCUGAGAGAAAAUGAAUAUCUUUAAAGCUCAUCGUGAGGUUGGAGCUCAUGCAGAUUUCUGCUUUCCAGUCCAGGCUGCCGGAGCAGCUGGCUCCUCACAGCACACCGCCUGGCGACAGCUCCCCGGGCUGAUAAAUGCUCUGACAGAGGUAAGAGACGCUCAUUCAAGUCUGGGACACGCCAUAUCCAGAAGAACUCAGUCAGAUGGAACGUUAAGUUUAAGAAGAAGACCAACUAGACAUUAAGAACUAAUCUUCCCGUUUUUAUGCGUCUUGGCGCGGUGUGGCGCACAGCAGAAGGUGAGCGCACAUGGGCGAACAUUUGUCAGUUUAAGUCAGUGACCGAAAAAGAAAAAAAAACGUGAGGAAAGUUUAGCCUGGGACAGUAGAGUAACAGGAACUUUUUUUUUUGUCCUGCUCCCGGUCAGGGGAACUUGAGGAGGAUUUCUGCCGUGGCACGUGGGAUGAGACCACCGGAUUUGGAGCAGUCGGACACCACUCUAAGUGCGCAUGAAUCACGGACACCUGUUGGAAACGACAGAAUUCUGCAUAGAGACAAAAUGCAGGAGGACGGUGCUGUUCCUACAGAUGUCACAUCUAUUCACCUGCAUCCUUAUUUAUCUCAACCGCGGAUGUCUGUGCGGAUGUCAGUGUACAGCACCGGCGUGCGUCCAGUCCUCACCCGCGCCUACAUCCAAGGACGGGUGUAUAACUUUCUGGAGAGGCCGUCUGGCUGGAAGUGCUUCGUGUAUCACUUCGCAGUGUUUCUGAUUGUUCUUGCCUGUCUGAUCCUCAGUGUCCUCUCCACCAUUGAGGAGUACCAGUCUCUGGCUCACACAACACUCUUCUGGGUGGAGAUCGUCCUUGUGGUGUUCUUCGGAGUGGAAUAUUUCGUCCGCCUUUGGUCAGCAGGCUGUCGCAGUAAAUAUGUUGGCAUCUGGGGACGACUACGGUUUGCCAGGAAACCAAUAUCUAUUAUAGAUCUGAUCGUAGUUAUUGCCUCGAUAAUUGUGCUGUCAGUGGGCUCCAAAGGCCAGGUCUUUGCCACCUCUGCUGUGAGAGGGAUUCGCUUCCUGCAGAUUCUGCGUAUGCUCCACGUUGACAGACAGGGAGGAACCUGGCGUCUCCUGGGCUCUGUUGUCUUCAUCCAUCGACAGGAGCUGAUCACCACGUUGUACAUCGGGUUUCUGAGUCUGAUCUUCUCCUCCUACUUUGUCUACCUGGCAGAGAAAGACACCGUCAAUAGCAGCGGCUCCACUGACUUUGGAAACUACGCUGAUGCUCUGUGGUGGGGAGUGGUGACAGUGACUACUAUUGGCUAUGGAGACAAAGUGCCAAAAACCUGGAUUGGAAAAACCAUUGCAUCUUGUUUCUCAGUGUUUGCUAUAUCUUUCUUUGCCCUGCCUGCAGGAAUUUUAGGCUCAGGCUUUGCCCUAAAGGUGCAGCAGAAGCAAAGGCAGAAACACUUCAACAGACAGAUCCCUGCAGCUGCCUGCCUCAUACAGGCAUCAUGGAGAUGUUUUGCAGUGGAGAACUUUGAUUCGACCACAUUCAAGCUCUUUUUGAGAAAGAAAUCCCACAUUCCUGCUGCCUCUCUGUCCAGCCCCAAGCCCAAAAAAUCGGUGAAAAUGAGGAGGAAGCUGAAGAGUACUGACAAGGACAACUAUCCAACUUCUCCCACAGUGCCCAGCAUCACCUGCGACUCAAUAUUUGACAGCGGGAGAGAACUAAGUUCAGAUGUUUACAGCACCAUCGGCACAGGAUCCCAGGCACUUGGAGGAUGUGGUAAGCUGCUGUCAGUGUCUAUGUUCUGCACUCAUCCUUUGUACAUGCACUGUUCUUUCCUGUGUUUUUUAACAGCUGUCUGGUUUCCUAAUUAUGUGACUAAAACAACACACAUGUGCUCCACAAACCUGUUAUUUCCUGUAAAUUUCAGUUCCUGUCAUGGUCAUGUUUUUGUGUCCUGUUGUGUGUGUGUGUGUGCCUCAGAUCGCCAGCAGUCGUGGACAUCUUUAUCUUCUCUUCAGUUCAGCUCAUCACCUCCAGUGAAAAGAAGCAUCGGUCUUUUGGAUACCCAGUCCUCGAACCUUUUCCCGAGGAACUGCAGCUUUGCAGACGACAUGGAGCUGGAGUCGGAGCGAGAGAGUGAACUGGCUCCUGCCACCUCACUAUCACAACUGACAGAGUCACAUCGAAAAGCCAUCCGUGUGAUCCAGAGAAUGCGUUACUUUGUGGCCAGGAGAGAUUUUCAGCAAGCUCGUAAGCCGUAUGAUGUGAGAGACGUGAUCGAACAAUACUCUCAAGGUCAUCUCAACCUCAUGGUGCGCAUCAAGGAACUUCAGAGACGACUAGACCAGUCUUUAGGGAAAAUUACUUUGUUCCAGACGGGUUCAGGUAAUAAUUCACUUCACUUUGCACUCAGAAUACUUGACGCUAUCUUUGAAACAAACCACAAACCUAAUCCUCUUCUUUUAUUAUUUACUCCUCUGAUGUUUGCCUCUGAAGACCGAGCCAGAGACAAAGGCAACAACUCCAUUGGAUCAAGACUCAACCGCAUGGAAGACAAGAUAAGUCACAUGGACCAAACUCUGAACCGCAUGGCAGAGUCCCUAACCUUCCUCCUGGACCAGAGUGAUGCUGGCAGUGAUGCUGGCAGUGGAGAAAGCAGAGGCAGGCAGAGGCCGCGACUCAGGCGAACCUGUAAUGUCCCCCACAGCCAGGACAGUCUGCCAAGCUACGACCAGCUGUCCUCAUCCUCUCCGUCCUUCGUGUCCAACAACACCAGCAACACGGCUUGUCCCAACCCUCCUCUCAGCUCCACUGCCAGUCAGGAUGAGAGCUGUUGAAAGCCUCAAAGAUUGUCUCAAUUUGUGCUUUCCUCGCCACGAUGGGUUACUAAAGCUCACUGAAUGUUCUUAACUGUCCAUUGUUGGGUUUGUCCAUAACAACCACACACAGCUGCAUCUGCUUCUCUAAGUUAUGCAGUCCUAAAAUUUUAAAUAGUAUUACCACAACUUAACUUUAAUUAUGACAUCCUGUGGUCAAAUGUGGGUACUGCAGCCCAUAUUCAAAACACGCAAGUUUCAUGGCUGUUCCCAGCUAUAGAUCGGCACCAGAAGAUUCUAGAAAACAAGAUGACGAGUCGUACACAAUGAGUUGAUAAAUACAUUUCACUUUAAUAUUGAGUUAUAGGUAAUUGACAAAGUAGCUUGAGAUAUUUUUUGAGCCAGCUUAUUUCUAAUUCCCCCGCUCUGACGGUCAGUGAACAGGGUGAAACAGUCCG